AUGGCUAAUGAAUCGAGGCCCUGCCCGUGUGAUAUUGGAGACAGGUUUGACUAUGGAGGCCGUGGGCAGGAAGUGCAAGUUGAGCACAUCAAGGCGUAUGUUUGCAAACCACCUGCCAGCACAGAGAAAGCUGUGAUUGUGAUUCAUGAUAUAUUUGGAUGGCAACUCCCAAACACGAGAUACAUGGCUGAUAUGCUUGCGGCUAAUGGAUACAUAGCCAUCUGCCCAGACUUUUUUGCAGGAAAAGAAGCUUGGAAGCCUUCUGAUGACUGGUCCAAGUUCGAUGAUUGGCUGAAAACUCGAGAUGCCAGGAAAAUAAACAAAGAAGCUGAUGCUGUUCUGAAAUAUCUAAAGGAACAGUGUGGUGCAAAGAAAUCAGGGGUCGUUGGUUUUUGCUGGGGUGGUGUUGCUGCACAUCACCUGAUGAUGACAUACCUGGAAUUGAAGGCUGGUGUAUCUCUCUAUGGACUAAUCAAGGAUUCUGAUGAUAUAUCCAAUCUCCUGAACCCUACAUUUUUCAUUUUUGGUGAAAAAGAUGACUUCAUUCCCCUUCAUCAGGUCACCCUGCUGGAGCAGAAGCUGAAGAAAAAUUGUAAAGUCGAUUUUGAAGUUAAAGUUUAUCCUGGACAAACUCAUGGUUUUGUUCAUCGCAGAAGAGAACAUAUCAAUCCUCAAGAUAAGCCUUAUAUUGAGGAAGGAAGAAAGGAUAUGAUCAACUGGCUGCAUAAAUACAUGUAG